AUGGAGGAAGAAGAGACUGAGCUUCGCAAUCCAUUUCCGUCACCGCCGUCGCAUCACACGAAAUACACGACGCGCAACCUUCAAUUGCUCGAGCUGCUCCGUGACCGUGCUGCAGGCGCAGAUAUCUCGACGGUGAACCAGUAUGAACUACUCUCUGACCAAACAGACGUGCCAGAGUGGCCUAUGGUGCAACUCGAGAAGCCCAGGGUAGAUUGGAUACUGGAGGAGGGACAGUACACCGUCUUCGGGGAUACCUGGUUUAUAAAAGAGCAAAUCCCGUCACUGAAAGAGCUCGGGGGGCACCAGCUCUACCCAGAAGAUCCCAGCGAGGACCGCCGGCCGGCGCUGCGCAAGAUUCUGCAUUCGCUGCUCGUGACAUACUCGCAUCUCGUGGACUCUCUUCUGGCUCCUCCACCUACAGCCUCGACGACGGUACAGCCCGAAUGGCAGAGACAGCUCGAAUGGAUCACUGUUCUCGCGCAGAACAUCAUGGCGGCCGCGAACGACCUACGGCCUGUCCAGGCGAGGGUCAACCUGGAACUUAUGAUGAAGCGGCAGCUCGAGCUCCGGAGGGAGGAAACGAGGGCCAUUCACGAGAAGUGUGACUCCUUGGAAGCCAAGCUGGCCGAAAUGAGCUCAGCAGUCCGAACCCUGUCAAACGAUACGCGAACAAAUAAUUCUGACCGGAACGGACCUGCUCAUGAGGUACGUUCCCCUUUACAGCUGUGA